UUCUGUCAUCAACCCGAGUCUCUGAUAACCCCCCUUUUCGGGUCUUCGGAGUCCGUGCUGUUGUUAUUAACAAAGGGAGCCCGAGAGCCCCAGAGAGGGACUGAGGGAGACCGAAGAAGAACGAGGCUGAGCCUGAGAUGUCGAGAGCCCUGCGGCCUCCCAAUGGUUCUUGUAAAGGCGCCCGAGGUUGGGAGGGAGCACCCAGGAGGAAGGGAACUGCAUGGAGUGGAGUAACAGGGAAAGAGAGAGGAGCCACGAGAAGAUAAAAGGAGGGGAGAAGGGAAGAGACGGAGGGCCAGGCCUGGAGCCAGGAGGCCCUGGGUUCAAAUCUAGACUUGGACACUUCCUAGCUACGGGACCCUGAGCGAGUCACUUAGCCCCAAAUGCCCAGCCUUUGCUGCUCUUCUUAGAACAGGUACUAAGAAAGGGUCGGGUUCAGAAAGGGGGGAAGGAGAAAGGAAGGAGCCCGAGGCUGCCCGAUCGGGUCCUGCUCCCAUUGGCCCAUCCAGCUGAGACGAGGAAAGUCCCGGGCAGCCGUCUACAGACCCCCCCAAAGCCGCCACUUCCUUCCUCCCUGACCCUGGUGGAGCCUGAGCAAAUCUGGGCGAGGCUUUUGGUUUCCCAAGAAGUGGCUCAGCCUUCCCAGGGCAGAGCCUCGCUCCAGUCCAGCGUGAGCGUCGGGAGAGCCGGAGGCCCCACAGCCGUGCCAGCCCGCACUCCGUCUGUACCUCCAUUCCGAGCCAUGCGCUGGUGGGGCCUCUUCCUCCUCCUGGACCUCGCCAGAGCUGCUGAAGCCGAGGCCGGCGGCGACCCCUUCCUCAAGUGCUUCCUGGACCCGGACUACGGGGAGCUAAUGGACCUGGUGGCCCGGGGCCUCAACCACACCACUCGCCCCCAGCACGUGGCAGUGGUGGGGGCUGGCAUAGCCGGGCUGGUGGCGGCCAAGGUGCUGGAGGACGCCGGGCACAAGGUCACCGUGCUGGAGGCCAGCGACAGAGUGGGAGGCCGGAUCCUGACGCACAGGGAUGAGAAGACGGGCUGGACCGGCGAGCUGGGGGCCAUGAGGAUCCCGUCGAGCCACCGGAUCCUCCUGCGGCUCUGCGCCCGCCUCGGCCUCCCCCUGGCCCCGUUCCUUCAGUAUGACAUGAACGCGUGGACCGAGGCCAACGGGGUGAAGCUUCGCAACUUUGUGGUGGAGCGGGCGCCCGAGAAGCUGGGCUACCCGCUGCGGCCCUCCGAGGAAGGCCGGGCCCCGGAGGCCAUCUACCAGAUGGGCCUGGACAAGGCCCUCUCGGACCUCAAGCACCUGGGCUGCUCUCAGAUGAUCAAGAAGUUUGAAAGCUACUCCCUCCUGGACUACCUCGUGGGGGAAGGGAACCUGAGCCUGGCCGCGGUGCACCUGCUGGGGGACGUGCUGGCGGAGGACGGCUUCUUCUCGCUCAGCUUCACCGAGGCCCUGAGGGCCCACAGCCUCCUCAACGACCGGCUCAGGUACUGGCGCAUCCGCGACGGCUGGGACCAGCUGCCGCGGGCCCUCCUGCUCUCCCUGUCGGGCCCUGUCCUGCUCCAGGCCCCCGUGCUCGAGGUGUCCCAGCACGGCACAGGCGCCUCCGUGCUCUACCGUGACCUCCGGAGGCCCGGGCGCCCGCUGACCCUGGCCGCAGACCGCGUCCUCCUGGCCACCACGGCCCCGGCCCUGAGCCGCAUCCGCUUCCAGCCCCCGCUGUCCCCGCCUCUCCGCCGGGCCCUCCGCAACAUCCACUACGUCCCGGCCACCAAGGUCUUCCUGGGCUUCCGCGAGGCUUUCUGGGAGGACGAGGGCAUCGCCGGGGGGCACUCCAACACCGACCGGCCCGCCCGCACCCUCUACUACCCGCAGGGCUCUGGGGGGAAGGCCGGGGGCCUCCUCCUCGCCUCCUACACGUGGGCUGACGCCACAGAGACCUUCGCGGGCCUGGCCGAGGACGAGGCCCUGGGCCUGGCCCUGGAGGACGUCGUCGCCCUCCACGGGGAGAAGGUCCGCGGGCUCUGGGACGGGCGGGGGGCCGUGAAGCGCUGGGCGGAGGAUCCCCACAGCCAGGGCGGCUUCGUGAUGCAGCCCCCUCGGCCCCGGCCCGAGCGAGCCCGCGAGCCCUGGGACUGGACGAGGCCCGAGGGCCGCCUGCACUUCGCCGGGGAGUACACGGCGCUCCCCCACGGCUGGGUGGAGGGGGCCAUCAAGUCAGGGCUGCGGGCGGCCCAGAGCAUCCACGAGGCCGCCUAGGAGCCCGGCACCUGGGCACGGACGACGGAAAGACCCAAUUAAAGGAUUUGUAGAACGAGGU